GUCACUUCCGGUUGAGAAAACACGUCAAAACCUCCAAAGAGAAUGGCUGAUGUAACGAAUCUUUUCAAGGCGACAGUUAAGACGGUGAAGUCAAGGAACAAGGUUCUUGGCGACUUUACAAAUGGGGGAAAGAAAAACAACUCGUCUACUUCCAUUUUCCCUGUGUCAAAACUGAAAGGAGAUUUUGAACAAAAAGCAAAGGAAAUGGUGGCCAGCAUAACUCGACUUAAAGAUUUUCUCCUGGAACAUAGGAAAGAGUAUGUGAACGCAGGCAGUCAUGUGACUAUGGAAGCUACCAGGAUGACGGAUGCUGAGAGAGAUCAGAUUGAUACAGAUGCUCAGGACAUCAUUAAAACAUGUAGGGAAACCAUCAUGAGAUUCAAAACUGAAUCCGAAGUUCAGAAGGUCCACCCCCAAGUCAAAGAUCACAGAGCCGGAGUUAUUCGUCUAAUAGAGGAAUAUUUAAAAGUUGUAUGCAAAAUUUACAGUGAACAGAAAGCUGUCCGAGUAAAACGAGUUGUUGAUAGAAAAAGGAUUUCUAAAUUGGAGCCGGAAAGAAAGAAGAGAAAAGGGUUACUUGAUGCAAAGGAACAAACAGAAAGAAAAACAGAAAAUAACAUGGAUGCAAUGGAAUCAGAAAAGUCAUCCAGGAGUUCUCUCCCACCUGAGAAUACGAUGUUCAACGAUGAUGACAGCGAUAUUUCACCAGAAGAUGCUCAGAUGUUUGAGAGAGAGAACCAGGCAUUGUUUGAUGAAAUGAACAGCCUUGCUCAGGAAGUUAGCCACAUUGAAGGACAAGUGGUAGAGAUAGCACGGCUUCAGGAGAUCUUCACAGAAAAGGUUCUAGAACAGGACAAAGAUAUAGACAGAAUAGCAGAGAAUGUUGUAGGUGCUACAGAAAACAUCAAGGAUGGAAACGAGGAAAUUCGAGAGGCCAUAAAGAACAGUGCCGGAUUACGUGUGUGGAUUUUGUUUUUCUUCCUCGUGUUGCCUCUAUCUUUACUCUUCUUAGACUGGUACAAUGACUAACAACAGAAAAAAAA